AUGGAAGACAAAUUCGAAGCUGCAAUCCAAAAGUGGACGGAGAUUGAUCUGCUGGGGCUGCAGAAACAGCUGGAUAAGGAGGGCGAGACCAUUGUGGAGGCACAGACGGACUCCGUGGCGAGCCGAAAAGAGUUGGCCUCCAAAACCAGAGAUUUCAAGAAGCUGGAGGACAACGACAAGUUGGAGGGCAUCAAGACACUGCUCAAGGCGUACCAGGGCGAGAUUGAUCGGCUGACUCAACGAGCUCGCAACUCGGAAACCGCCUUCCUCAACGUCUACAAGCUGCUAGCCGAAGCUCCGGACCCAAGACCGCUGCUGGAAGCCUCUAGUGACGCUGUGGGUGUAGCGUCAAGCCAGAGUCGGCUCAUUGCUGAGAAUGCCAAGCUCAGCGAACAGGUUGCCCGAUAUGCCGACUACGACACUCUCAAACAAAAGGUGCUGCGGCUGGAAAUGUCCAAUGCCGAGACUGUGGCGGCAAAGGUCAAGGCCAAACAACAGGAGAUGGAGGCCGCCUUUGACGAGGAGCGACGGACGUGGAAGUCUCGAGAAACCGAGCUCACAGAGCAGGUCAACGAGUCCCGUGAAAUGGGCAAGGAACUGAGACGUAAGGUCGAGACUUACGAAGAGAAGCUCGGUGAGGAAGUGGAGGUUCCUAAGACCUCCGCCACCACUGCCAUUUCGUCUGCAGAGAUGGAGAUUGUCACUUCUGACCUGGAGAAGGCCCAGAGGCGACUUUUGGACCUUGAGGCUCGAAACCUCGAUCUCAGAAAGCAGAUUGAGGACAAGCCCGAUGCUGUGGUUGACUCGUCGCUUGAGGAGGAAAACAAGGGUCUGCUUGCCCGUCUGGAGGCUGCCAAGCAGCAGCUUCAGUCGGCUUCAGCCUCUGCCCAGGAGGAGGCUGAGCAAUUGAGGAAGACGGUCCAGAGAAGAGAAGACGAGACUGCGGCUCUCAAGGCCCGUCUGGCGGCUCAGACUGACUACGACGAGCUGAAGCGGGAAUUGGAGGUGUUCCGGUCGGUGGAGUUUUCGCAGGAGUCCGAAGACCGAGAGUCCCUGGAGCACAUGCUGCUUCAGAAGAACAAAAAACAGCAGUCUGAUCUGACAGUACUUCGAAACAAAACAAAGGAGUAUGAGGAGACGAUCGCCAAGCUCACCAAGUCACUACAGGAUGCCAAGACUUCUUACGAUAAGGCAUCUACGUUGAAUGCUCGUCUUGAGUCCGACUUGACUACAACUUCUCUUGGAUCAGUUGCUGGAUCCAUCGCACCCUCCCGUCGAACCACCAGAGGAGGCCCCAGUGGACGUCUUUCGCCCACUUCGUCGAUCAUUGGAGGUUAUGAUCGAUCUGUGCAGUCCGGAGGAGGAGGCUCGGAUCUGCUUCCCAUCAUCACCCAGCAGCGAGACCGUUUCAAGGAGCGAAUCGCGCAGCUGGAAGACGAGCUGAGAAAGAACUUUGCCCUCGUGUCCGAGCUUCGUCAAGAGGCUGCAGUACUCAAGUCAGACAACCUCGAGCUCUACGAGAAGACUCGAUACAUGGCAUCUCAUGCUGCCAGUGGCACAAAGGCGCCCACCACCACAAAUACCGCAUCCAAGUACAGAGAUGCCUACGAAGAAGGUCUGACGCCAUUCCAACAGUUCAGAGGCAGAGAGACAGAUAGAAUGUAUUCGAGACUGACUCCGAUUGAGCGGGUCACGCUGGCGUUGGCCAAGGGCAUUUUGAGAAACAGAAUCACCCGAAACUGCUUCUCAGCGUAUGUUUUGGCGUUGCAUAUUGUUACCGUGAUGCUUGUGGCAGCAUAG